AUGUUGGCGGUAUUGACCAUUUGGAGAAAAACAGUACAGGUGAACAAGAAUAGGGAAGACAGAGAGAAGUUGUCCCCGGUGACGCUGUUGUGGCGUAAUCAGGGACUACAGGAAUUGUAUAAGCUGCAGGAGUUUGAGUUCUGGCCGCGACAUGGGGUGAAGUACGUUACCCAAUUAUACGUAGAGGGAGGCUUCAAGAUAUUUAGAGACUUCAGGGAAGAAUUUCAGAUCCCCAAAUCUAGUUUGUUUAGAUAUUUCCAACUUAGACAUGCAUGUACUAAACAAUUUGGUAAGGAUCUCAUUAAGUUAGAAUAUAAUUCCAUUGAAAAGGUUGCUAGAUUGAGAGAGUUGUGUAAACCAGUAUCUUCCUUCUAUGUGGAACUGAUGUCGCAGGCCUCAUCCCCCUUGUCUAAAUCUUUGGCUAGAUGGAAGGUGGAUAUUCCACAAUUGGAGGAUAAGCAUGAGAAAGAACUAGUGCACACUUGGAGGCACUCGGUAAUCAGUGCAAGGGACCAAUUAAUACAGGCUAAAUGGCUGCAUCGCACAUACCUGACUCCAGUAAGGUUACAUUGCAUGCUGAUGUUUGUAGCAAUACAAGUACUGAUAUGGACUACCCCAACCUUUGCCAUACUGAGCCUUACAGCUAACCCAAUUUUUACAAUGGAGUCUCUGAAUGGUACUGAAACCGAACAAGCAUAUACUAUUCCUCUUGAUCUAGUCCUUCAAAACUCUGAAACUGAUCCAGUCACAGAUGGUGGAACUCAAGAAAAUUCCCAGAGUGCUUUACCAUCAACAGUGACCCCUGUUUUAAGUGAAGCGACAGAUGGAGGGGAGAGCAAUAAUAAACUACAGGAACUAUCUACAACGAAUAUUGAUCCCAAGCAACCAAUUACUUUGGAUGUAUUCAAUCUGGCCAACACUAAUGGUCCUGUUCCUACAAUUGGGAGUGCUUCUAAAGAGAACGGGGACAAUAGCACCUUAAUCCCAUUACUAGAGCCUAACAAAGCCUAUCCAUUUGAUGAACAGUUAGAAUCUUUCUUGGAAAUACCGAUGGAAAAUGGUACAGAAGGGAAACAGUGCUUCUGUAAUAUUCCUGGACAAAAGGGAGAUAAAGGUGACACAGGGAAUGGAGGUGAACCUGGUAAAGUUGGUAAAAGAGGACCUCAAGGAUUGGAAGGUGCUAAGGGAAAAAAAGGCCUGCCAGGUUCUAAAGGAGAAACAGGAACUAAAGGUGAUAAAGGAGAUAUUGGACCAAAAGGUGAUUCAGGAACCAAUUGUGCUGUUUGUGAAAAAGGAGAAAGAGGAGAACAAGGAGUCCCGGGUAAAGAUGGUGCAGUAGUUGUGCAAGGUACCAAAGGUGAACCAGGUAAUAAAGGCAUAAAAGGUGAUGAGGGACCUAAAGGAGACCCUGGAGAAAACGGAUCAAAAGGUAUAGGUGGUGUACCUGGAAUUCCUGGGGAAGUUGGACCCAAAGGAGCUAUGGGACCUAGAGGCCCUGCUGGACUAAAUGGUGAUCGAGGAAUGCUGGGACCUGCUGGAACACCAGGCUACCGUGGACCUGCAGGAAUACCAGGAAGGAAGGGUGAUAAAGGACAGAAAGGAGCUCAGUCUGACCACGAGAACGUUGCAUUUUCUGUUGGUGUCCGAGGACAUAGGAAUGUGUUUUUACCAGGACAGCCAAUAAGAUUUGACAAUGUUUUCAUUAAUGAGAAUAAACCAUACAGUGUAAAGUCAGGUGUAUUUGUAGCCAACAUUGAAGGUGUUUACUUUUUCACAUAUCAUAUAAGUUUAACACAUUCAUCUCUUAUGAUUGGCCUGGCUCACAAUGGUAAAAUUGUUAUACAGACACAAGUCAAGCAGUAUGAGCGUAAUGUUUGUCAAGCCUCUGGAUCGGUUCUGCUUCAUCUUAGAGAAGAUGAUGAGAUUUGGCUUCAGGUUUUAACUAGUGCCCAAAAUGAAUUGAUUUCUGAUGAAUCCGACUCACUCUUCACAGGAUUUAUACUGUAUUCUCUUGAAGACUAG